AGGCCAGUUAUGAGCUGUGUACUUGACCCGUGGUAUUUAUGUGGUAUUUACACUGAUGCUGUAAGAAGUGUCUGUUCCAAUACAAAUUCCUGUUGGUUAGACAAGGAGAAAUUCAGGGCUUUGGGAUCCGCUAGCAAAUUUACAUCCGCCCGGUUCAUUGGGCUUCCAUUAUGGGAAGCUGGGGUUUCCUAACUCCGAGAACUCUGUCUUCUGUCCCGAUUCUGGAGGCUUCCAAGGAGCGAGCUGCCUCUCCAUCACGCCCCCUGCACGCUUCUUGGAAGGGGUCAUUGGUCUUACAAAACUGAAGGGCUUGAAUUAAAAGGCAGCCUGUUGGUCUGUUGGAACAUUCCUCAACAAUUAACUGGGCAGCUGCUCUGCCCACCCCAGGCUCUCAGAAGCUUGCCCGCUCGCCCACGUUCUCUGGUGUCCUAGCAACCGGAAACUCAUCUGAGCUCCAGCCGGGACAGAGGCCAUUUUCUCCCUGACCACUGUGACUUGCAGGCUCCCCGGGCCCCUGAGGACCUGUCUGUACAGCUUGCGGGUCCACUGAAAGCCACCGUUUGUCCCCAUGGACUCCCAGAAGGCCAGCCCAGCCUGCCCCUAACCCCGGCAGAAUGAGCUUCUCGCUCACGUUCUCAGAGCUGGUCAACAUCGCCAUCCCACAGUGCAGGGUGGUGAACUUCAAGGCCCUGCACCUCCUACUCCAGGGUAUCCUGGAGCACAUCCACAUGGCUGACCUUGAGAAGGUCCUCUCGGCGGAUGAGGACUUCCUCCACACCUCGCCAGCCAUGUUCAUGCCCCGGGAAGGAGACUUCCAGCCCAUCCUUAACCCCAUGAAGAGGCUCGGCAACGUCUUUGACCACCUGGUGAGCCAUGUGGACAAGAUGGAGAGCCAGCUGGCUGUGCUGCAGGAACUGCCCUCCACCUCCCAGCUGCUGGAGGGCAGCCAGGGCACUGGCCAGCCCGCCCAGGACUUACGGAAACUGAUAAAGCUCCAGAUAGUGGAGGGCAACGAGGAAGCCAUGGCCACGUCCAUGAAGACCCUGUAGGAUGUGCUCACCGACAUUUAUGCACUCAAGGUCACUGUUGAAACCCUCAGGAAGGAUGUGGCCAUGCUGAAGGACAUGUUUGACAAGAUGCAUCUGGAAAGAAUAGAUGCUUUCUCUGAAGAUUUGAAAGGGCAGAACUGGAAGAUGAGUGCACUGCAGUGGGAAGUGAUUUCUCUCCAGAACAAGAUAACCACCAUGCCCAAAACUGAGGACAUGGUGCUCUGGAGCAGCCUCCAUGAGGCCAUGUUCACCCUGGGAACUGCUCCACAACUGCUGGAUGAUUCCAAGCGGUGGCAGAUUGUGAAACAUGUUGCAGAGAUCGACCUUCCUCAGACGGCUGAGUACCACAAAGAAGUUAGCCACGGCCAGGGAGACACAUCCAAGCUCUCAGCUCUCUCAGAAAAGGAGGAGGAAUAUUCCUCCGUGGAAGUGGGAGUCCCUCAGGAUGGAGCCCCAAGGGCUGAGGCCUCCACGGAAGUACUCCCUAAGGGAUCCCCGUCUGCGGUUCAGCAGAUAAAAUCCAAUGCUGCCAUUGCAGCUGCUGCCGCAGCCACCUUCACAGCUGCAGCGACAUCGGCAGCCCGGGCAGCUAAAGCGGCUGCCAGGCUGGUCAAGGACACCCUGGCCACCAAAUUGGCCACCAUAGCAACAGCCGUGGCCGCAUCCGGGCCCUUAGGGGUCCUUGCAGACAUCCUGGGCACAGGGACCUCCCGUGGGGCCUUCACCGAGGACGGCGAGAUGGAAGACUUGCAAGAGGUGGACUGUGAGGACGUCCUCUCUCCUUCAUUCUCUUCUGCCCGUGUCCCUCCCAACAUGGCCCUGUCGCAGGCCAUGCUGGCUGCCGAACAGGCCAUGACCCCUGAAGACAAGAAGAAGGCCGUCAGGUGUUCCAUGAGCCACAUAGCCCAGAUGCCCAUUAGACAUGACUCCCUGAAAGAAGAGUUUGCCCAGCUGUCAUCCAACCUGCAUCAGCGUAUGACUUAUCUAGCUAAUAUGGGAGCCUCUUCCAAGCUUGGGACAACGGCGGACGUAUUGCAAGAAAAGAUUGGCAGCCUCCAGAAAUCCAGGAUGAGGGAGGAGGAACUUGAGAGAAUUUGGGGCCACCAGAUAGAGAUGAUAAAGGACCACCACCUCGUGCUGGACAGGGCAGUGGACAAGCUCCAGAUUUGCCUGGAUGAGUUUAAGGUUGUCCAUUCUCAGAUUAAAAACCUAGAAAUGUACAAGGCAGACAACAGUGUGAUGGAGCAGGAGCUGAAAGAGAAAGCCGACAGGCGCUCCCUGGCAGGCAAGGGAAGCCGGGCUGACCUGGACGCAGUGGCGAUGGAGCUGAAUGAGACGAUUCAGGGCAUGCUCUUCAGGGUUAUGGCCAAUGAGGAUGACUGGAAGAAGACUGUGGAGCAGCUGGACAAAGACCUACGCACCAAGCUGGUUCCCAGUGAUUUGGACGAUCUGAAGAAAGACAUGGAUGAGGUCUGGAAAGUAGUCAGGAAGCUGCUGAUUGAAGGCUUCUGGUUUGACCCCAACAGUGCUGCCGGCUUUAGGAAGAAACUGUUUGAGCGGGUGAAAUCUAUCUCCGGCCACCGGCCCGUGAACAUGAUGACCUGCCCGCAACUCAUCACCAUCCACAGUGCCCACCUGCUGUCGCGGCUGCGGCCGGCCAGCGCCAACAGCUACGAGUACCUGCAGCGGCAACAGGUGAGGUGACAGCAGCUGCAGAAGCUCCAGAACCUUGCAGCCCUGGAGGGGAGCCUGGACUCGCUGGGCUCCCAGCAGGACUGGGGUGAUGGCCCCGGAAAUGAUGCCAACCUUGAUUUCAAAUCAUGUAACUUGUCGACAAUCUACCCCUACAGGGACCCUGAGUUGUUGGACUAUGAUUCCAUGAGUCAGGCCGAGGUGGACAUCCUGGGAGUGGACGGGAUCCUGUACAAGGGCCGAAUGAACAGCAAGGACAGGGCGCGGCCUCUGACCGACACAGAGAAGGAGCUGGCAGCUGUUAAGGUUCCGCAUCCCCCAGCUCGAAGCCCAUAUGAGGGUGCGCGCCCGAGUGCCUUAUUCGGUGCCAUCUACCCCUGUGAGUACCUGCCCCCCAACUCCCUGGCCCAGCUGGGAUUCUUGCAGGGUCUCUGGGCCCCCCAGUCCCAGCCUGGGGCUCUCCUACCCCACCUCAUCCAUAUCUCACCUGCCCUGCCCAGACCUGGGCCAGAGAAGAUCCCUCGAGUGGCCCCCACCUGGCACCCAGCACCCUGGCCAGGGCCUCCAGCCAUCCUGGGCUCCACCUUUACCCUUCAGCCAGGUUUCCUGGCCCAGAAGCCAUCCCUGGGGUCCAAGCCAGGUGUCUGUGCCCUGGGGUCCAGCCGGCUGCAGAGCUGGGAUGAGGGAGCCUGUUCAUUCCCUCGGGCCUCUCUGCUGAGGGCCCGUGAGCCAAGUUGGGGUCGGGCCAGCCUCUCUCCAGAAUAUUCCUGGGACACAUCAUGGGUCUCACCUGCCCCCCAGCAGCCUGCCCCCCCAAACCAGCAUGGGCUCAGCCACCUCAGGCCCCCAGCCGACAUGCCAGCUCAGCCUCCGUCUCUGCCUCCCCUGCCACUGCUGCCACAGCUGAUGCCAUCCCUGCAGGAUCCCCAGCCGGCCCCAGGGCCUGCCAGGCACCCAAGGCCUCUGCGCCUUGAGUCCCAAGCCGGCAUGCAGUCCACCAAGGAGCCCACCAAGCUGUGAGCCUGCAGUGCCAGCGUCGCCCCCUCCCCCGAGCAGGUGGAGACCCUGCCCUGAGCCUAGUCUGGGGAAGGUGCAGGGGCCCUGGACUUAGGGGAGGGUCUCCGUAAGGAGCUCAUUUUGAUCCAGUAGCUGUUUUAACUGUCAUAUAAAUACCUGUAAUACAAUCCUUCUCAUGCUACGUUUCAUGGAGAACACAGCUUUCUAGAUUGAAUUUCCCACUAAACCAAUUUAAUUCCUUGACCAAUUUUCAAUACAACACAAAGUGGUAUUAAAAACAAUCACUUUCCUUUUUAUUUUGCUGAAAUGAUUUUAUCAGAAUCAGUUCCAAUUACAGCUAACGCCACUGUCCAUUUUCUUUGGGGACCAUUAUUUCUACCAGGACCAAUUUUCUCAUGGGAACCAAAUUUUAUUGCGUGCAUGUUUUUUUAUUGUCUGUUGAUUGUUCCCACCAGUAAUUAGUUAUGAGUUGGAUAUUUAAAGAACCUGACUGUUUGUAUUUACUUCUGGCUAAUCCAUGAGGCACUUGGAGCAAUGGCCCUGGAAUCCUCCAGGACCGCUCUGUCCUGUUUGGCAUCUUUCUGCCUCUUUGGUUCCCGCGCUCACUGCCUAUGCACUUGGUGGAGGGGGCGGGGGUGUCAAAGCGUCCUGAUUUGGGGUUCAGAGCCCGGCCUGCUCACGCCUGCCUGGCGGGUCCUGCAGCCUGGCGUGGUUUCUGCCCCUUGGACGGUUUACUGGUCCCUCCUUCUCCGUUUCGCGUUUUCUCCCUUUCCACCCCCUAGGUUGUCCAGUUGCGCCCUCUACCCUUUCUGUGCUUCUGAUACUUGUAUCACAUUCCACAAAGACUAAAAAAAAAAAAAUUUCCCUCUGAAUAGUUUUGGGGCAUGGCUCCCCCAAACAUCCACCAGAGGCUCCUGGAGCGAGUCAGGGAGUGGGGUGGGCAAGCUGCCCGGGGGUCCGCCUGGGGGAGCCAGGGUGCUGGCAUGGAGGAGGGUUCUCUGGACGGGCGGCCAAAGGAGUCCUGGAUGCUGCGUGCCUGCCCCUCCCCACCAGUUGUCCCCCAGCCCUGCCUCCCCCUCCCCCUGCUCCUCACCUGCAACCACUCCUGACUUCUCUUUUCUUUCUCCAAGGACUGUGUCCAAAUGAGGCCGAGCUCUUCCUGACCCAGGUGACCUACACCGCCUUGGGGGAUACUGGCCAGUGCAUCCCUGGCCCCACCCCCAUAUCACAGAUGAGUGUUUUUGUCAGCUUCUCCCCAGAGUAAAAUCUUUCACUUUUCUGAUUGUGGAUAAGGGUGACUGGCCCCAUGCCCUCUGCGAGGGGAGGCCUUGCCAGUCCCACAUGGGUGGGUGGACCUGCCAGUCCUUCCUCGGGCCAUCAGCCCAGGGUCAGCCUCCCAGAACCACUGUCCAGAACCACCAUGGCUGAGUCUCAGCAGAGAAUCACAACAAACCGCCCCUACCCCGUCACGUUGGUCGCCCCGUGGCAAAGUGCCCCGUGUGGCCCUGGUCCUGUGUGGUGGGCAGAUCACGGGCCUGUGGGAGGGGCAGUGGUGUGACUUGCCCAGGGUCACACAGUGAGGCCUUAGCUCUCCGGCCACCUGCCCAGAAGGCUGUACUUCUUGGGUGGGUGCUGUACACAGGUAUGAGGGGUCCAACUUUCAGGAAAAGGAGGUGUGGCCUGGGCUCGGGCAGAUGGAGAGGUGGGGGCUCUUAGGGACACGCCCAUGCCAGGUGUGGUCAGGCUUGUCUCCUGCACUGCAGCCUUGACAUGUGUGGAACCACAGGCAUCCAAGCCCUGCUCUUUCAGCCUCUCGUAGCUGCCUUCCCAGCCCAUUUCUCAGAUUUACCAAUGGAAUCAGUGCUUGAGUGGGUUCCUGCAGCCCAGGGAGCGAGGAGCAAGACCCAGGGGGGACCACAGCUCCUGGCCUGGGACACAGUGGCAGGGCCAAGCUGGACAAGGAGUAGGGUGACCAACCAUCCUGGUCUGCCUGGGAGUGAAGGGGAUCCCUGGAACUUUCAGUUUGAAGACCAAGAAGGAAUUCCCUGAUGGUCCAGUGGAUAGGACUCCGGGCUUUCACUGCCAAGGGCCCAGAUGCUCCUGAUGAAGAGCAAAUCCCCUUCAGAGAUUCCAGCAGAUGCAAGACAGACGCUGGACACGCACAUGUCCAUGGUGGGCAGAGGAGUGGCUGGCUGGCCAGGGACACGCUGAGCUAUGUCCCCACCGUGGUGGUCAGCUUCAACCAUUUGUGGCCUUAAGGGAACUUGGUCCAGAUAUUACAAAUUUUCCAAGGUAAGCCAGAAGUGAGGCUUUUCUUGUAAACUCUCCUGAUUUUUUUUUUUAAUUUUUUUUAUUUAACUCUCCUGAUUUUAAAGUGCUGGCCGACAAAUCAAGCCCAACAGCACAUAUCAGAGGCCUGUGAAUCUGCAAACCCCUAAGACAGCCACGCCCUGAUCAUUUAACAUCAGACCUGAAGGGCUCACCCACCGCUUGUCACCUGGGGAGGCCGGGCCUCCAUUCCACAUGCUGCCAUAUACCCUCUUCAGAAAUGAGAGCUCCAAUCACAUUCUUUCCAGCAACCUCAUGGAUGCAAAUGGUGUUUUCACAAUGGAAUCUUGGAAAGAGAGCGAUCUGGAGCUCAAGUCUAGUGGUGACGAAGCCCAGAGGCUGGACUUUUGAGGUGACAAGGCUGGUCUCUGUGUGCUGCUGAGGCAGCUCCUAGGAGGUGCCCGAGGUGGACAGCUGAGGAUGGCUGUAAAUGUGAGUCUCUUCCGUUCCUACAUCAGCAGCUUUGCUUUUUAGCCAGUUUACACUUGAACGUGUAGUAGGUGGUUACUGACUCCUUCAGUUUUGCUUCUGAGACUCAAGGUUUGGGGAAAUUGAAGUUCCUGGUUCUGUGCUGCCCUUGAGUUCUGGGUCACGUGGCAUCUAUGUUGUCCCACCUCUAGCUCCCCUUGAGUGAGUUUUCCUGACCCCUUUGCUUGCCUGAGAGAUGCUCAGAGGCUCACACCUGACAGGGCCUCAGCAUUGCUGGAAAGCUCCAGCCCUGCCCUCUGCCCCCUCCUGCUCCAGUUUCCGCUGUGCCUGGGGCCCUUGUUAGAAAUCAGAUUCCUAACCAGUUUGCAGGGCAGAAAUAGAGACACAGAUGUAGACAACAAACAUAUGGACACCUAGGGGAGAAAGUGGUGGUGGUGGGAUGAAUUGGGAUAUUGGGAUUGACAUAUACACACUAAUAUGUAUAAAACAGAUAACUAAUAAGAACCUGCUAUAUAAAAAAUAAAAUAAAAUUCAAAAACAGAAUUAAAAAAAACAAAACUGCUUUAAAAAAUAAAGUCCAUUAAAAAAAUUUUUAAAAAGAGAGAAAUCAGAUUCCUGGGCCCUCCUCCAGAACAGUUGCCUCAAGGACCCAAGGGACCCUUGUGCUCUGCAUGCUGGAGGGUCACGAGUCUGGUGGCUCCCAGCUGCCACGAGGGGCUUGUGUUGCAUCAGAAUCACCCGGGAACCAUUCUACUUUUAAUAACAGCUAUGACACAUAAGUGUCAUGCCAUACAGUUUUUUAUAAAU